UUAAAAAAGAGUAUUUUACCUGGUUGACUGGUUGCUGUAAAGGACGAUGUGCCUAUUCGAAAUUCUGUAAUCCAGUCAACAUUUCGCACGGUGGAAAACCAAAUCGUUUGAAAAAUGUAGUGAUUUACAAACCAAGAAGUUAAAAAGGGUUGUCACAAGAGUCCAAUAGGUGUUUUAACUGAAGUGUGUCCAAAUUAAAGUACCUCACUUUGAAGGCAAUGGCAGACGGUUCUCCAUCACCUAAAAAGGUUCAUCCUGACAAUCCAGACCUAGAAAGUCUAAGCAAGGCUGACCUGAUAGUUAGGUUAAAGGAACAAGAGCAGUAUAUAAAACAGUUGGAAAGUAAAAAACCCAAACUUGACAAAGGUGAUGAUGAUGUGGACUGGACUGAGCGAUUGAAGCAGCAUCAACGAGACGCUGCCCGCCGGGAAAACACACUCGUACACCGACUGACCACAAAAGAGCAGGAACUCCAGGACAUGCUAACGCAGAUUGCAGAGAUUAAGCAAGCAGAGGGCACAACUCAACUGAAGUCUAUGCUUCUAGACCCAGCAGUCAACAUUGUGUUUCAGAAAAUGACGAAAGAAAUGGAUGAUGCACAAGAAAAACUGAAACAAACCCAAAACGAACUAAGUGCAUGGAAGUUCACCCCUGACAGCCAGACAGGGAAGCGGCUGAUGGCGCGCUGUCAGAUGCUCCUGCAGGAGAAUGAGGAGCUGGGGAAAACCAUCGCGUCUGGCCGCACUGCCAAGCUGGAGGGCGAAAUCGCACUGCAGAAAACACUCGUCACAGAGAUGAAAAACAAUCAGUCAGAGCUGGAUGAGUUUUUGGGUGACCUGGAGGAGGAUGUAGAGGGCAUGCAGACAAUGAUCUAUGUGCUGCAGACCCAGCUCCGAGACACCAGGGACACCAUCACCACACUGGAGGAGGAGAACACAGCACUACGUGCCGGCCACACACCACCUCCCCCACCCAGACAAACCCCACCUCACACACGCAUCAGCAGGGGAGGUGUAAAGACAGAGAGAUAUGAGAUCGAGGAUAAUAACAGGAAUGCUGGUGAUGGUGGGAAUUAUGUGGAGAUGGAGAUGAAAUAUUAUGAGAAUGACCGGACAGACAGUGACCUAGAGGCAGAGUACAACUAUGAGGGUUUGUAUGAGAAUGAUGACAGGUACCAGGAGGAGUUGGAGAGACAACAGGCUGAAUAUGACCUACAUGAAUACAGUCACGGUCAGAAACGCACUCAACAUGAACCAAUGGAAACCGACAGUAUGCAAACAACCAACAGUGCUGAAAGGAUGUCAAACUUAGAUGGCAAAAAUCUCACACAUGGUGAUUUAAAAUCCUAUGUGGAAGUAGUGAAAUCAGCAGACCAAGAUCGGACUACAUGUUACAGGGAAGAGAUAAGUGACUCUGGCUUUGGGGGGAUAGAAGCUUCAAAUAGAACAAGCCCAGAUACCACACACAGACAGUCAAAACAACUUAGAGAAGGCAAUUCUGAAAACUCACAGAGAAUUCCAAGUCCUAAAUCCACCAAACAUAGCCCAGUUCCAACAUCUGACUCAUCAAAAGCAAGGACUACAGUCGAUGAAAAUCAAUUGACAGAACUUGUUAGAAAAGUAACAUCAAAUGGCAGUCCUUCAGGGAAAUCAAGUCCUCAGAGAGUUUGUUCAAGCUCUAACCAGUUGACUUCAGGUGAAGAUAAGGACCCUGCCACACCUGACCCAUUUCCAGAAAACAGUCACACAACUUACGACUUGGCUACUUCACCAAAUAAUCUUGAAUCAGAAAACCAGAAAUUUGUGAACGGAGUAACUUCAACAGUUGAUGAUAUAGAGGAUAUUUAGGAUAUUUUUUUUUGUUUUUAUCUGUAAGUUAUUAUGAAAUUCUCAAUAUUUCUGUCUUUUUAAUAUCUUCGGCUGCAACAAUAUACCAAUAUACAGUAAAACUGUUAUUUCUUGAGGACUGCAGAUUGGUCAAGGUCAAGGUCGAGACUAAGCCUUUGUUCCUUUUUUUUUCAUAUUAAAUAAACUGACGAUACAUCUAAACCUAAAUAAGUCCAGCACUCAAGCCCCAUUGCCUGUCCCAAAUACUGAAAUCACAAAAGCUUAUGAUUUACUCAAGGUCGUAAUUUAAGACAUUUUUCUGAAAACAUGAUCCAAUAUAAACAAUUGACAGGCAUACAUGCCAUAUCCCCCGGCGGGGGGAAAAAUCCCCCGGAAUUUCAACCCAUCCCCUGGUCCCCCACCGGGGGAUCCAUAUCCCCUGGAAUUUAAAAAAAAAAAAAUAUUUUCAAAACUUACUUAAGGUUGACAGUGAAAAGCAUCAAUAAUAUUAUGGUUGUGAAAUUCCAUGAAGGACCAUGAUGACUAAGUCGAAAAAUUAUUGUAAUUUGAGUGUAUUUCUGUAUUUAUUCUUAUAUUAUAAAUGCAGAUAUCCAAUGGUGUAAUAUCAAAAUCCCCUGGAAUUCAGACCAAAAUCCCAUUAGAAGCCUAUUAGAAAUAUGGCAUGUAUGGACAGGUUUAAAACAAUUUGCAUAGUGUAAAGUGAAUUAGGUGUGAAAACUGAUAAACACCAUUUAGGCAUGACCGAUAUUAAUUGAUAAGUGCUAUUGAGAAGAUAAUGGUGAGAAGGUAAUGAUUUAAUUUGUCACGCCAUAUUAUGAUUCAACAGUUUCGUGAGACAGACAAGAUGCGCCAAUCAUCCAUCCUUGAUUUUGCAAAAACUUGAGUCUGACUUGUGCCAUAAUAUGCCAUUUCAAUUUCCAAUGUAGCUUGUUAAGAUAAUGUGUUUUUUGGUUAAACAAACUUCGCUUUUCAUUCACUGUUUUGUUUUACUUUCACAAUUUCACAUUAAGUAUCUGAAAGCCUUUGAACAUAUGAGCAAUUACCACAAUGCAAUACAUUAACGGUGCCAGUGUGACGUAAACAACCAGUAUGACAAACAUACAUUUAACUUGUAUUGGUUGGAAAAGAAAAAUACAUGAUGUGAUUAGACAAAAUAUUACUUAGUAACAGAUGUGAUUUUGCUUUUUAAUGAUGAAUGAUGAAAUAAAAGAAUUUAUUACAAAUUUAAAUUUGGUAAUAUAAGUACAGUAAAAUUGCGGUCAAUCGAGAACCAGCGGUCCCUCGAGGUCGGAGCUUGGUCCCAACCAUUUUUCCUUCUAUUUCCAUAUAAAAUACACUGACGCUGCAUGGAAACCGAAAUAAGUCGAGGAGCCAAGCACAAUAUCCGGUCCCAUAUACACAAAUCAUGCUCAAAACCUAAUGGCUCCUUCGAGGUCAUAAUUUCACACUUUUUCCCGAACAUGUGUUCAAAAUGAACAAGCACUUGCUAGGUGUUAGAAAUUUUACAAGUUGUAAAAAUUUGGAUGACAGAAAAUGUGCUUCUUGUAAAAAAUGAACAUAACUAUUUAUUCAUUUAUAAUUGUUUUUUUCUUUUACAUUUAAUAUAUGACAGCUUUUGAACAUAUGAGCGAUUUCCACAAAGCAACACAUAAUCAGUGUCCUAGUAAACAGUCCGUUUGACGAGUUCAAACUUAAAAUACACUGAAAGAUAUUCAUAACAGACAGGAAAUUGAAACUCAGGUCGUUUGAAACAUCGGUUCCCUCGAGGCUACAGCUGGGACCCCGUCGUUCUAGAGCGAUCGCAGUUUUACUGUAUGAGACAACUUAGAAAAUAAGGCAUUUCAUAAAAGAAUAAAAUGGAAACUCAGGAUAGCUUGAACAUCGGUUAAAUCGAGGUUUUAAGUCAGACCCCAUGGUAAUACAAUGUAACAAUAUAUGCAAGUAUUCUGGUUUUAAUAAAGAUAUUGGAUUGUAUAGUUUUCAUACAGGGAUACCACAAUAUCCUAAUAAGUGAAAAAAUUCCCUGUCAAUGACUUGCAGAAACAAUUAAACAAAUAAUAAUCUAGAAUAACUAGAGAUGAGCUGUAUUGUUGGAAUGUGAAUAGCUUUACCAGUAUUUUGGGAAAGUUUGGAUCAAGAGUUCAAUGCAUGAAUAAAAUGUCCUUGUAGCUAAUUUUGUUUUUUUAGCUCGACAAUUCGAAGAAUAAGGAGAGCUAUCCUAGUCACCCGAGCGUCGGCAUAACCACUUAUGUUAAAGUUUGCAUACAACCUCAAAUAUUUUCAAAGUCCAUUGACAUAUGGCUUUGAAACUUUGCACUCUUGUUUACCAUCAUGUCCCUAACCUGUACAAAUAAGGAGGUAACUCUAUCAAGCAUUUUGACAAAAUUAUGCCCCUUUUUCUAAUUAGAAUUUACUUGAAGUUUGUGUACCACCUCAAAUAUUUUCAAAGUCCAUUGACAUCUGGCUUUGAAACUUAGCACGCUUGUUCACCAACAUGCCCCCUACCUGUACACAGGAGGAGGUAACUCUAUCAAGCAUUUUGACAAAAUUAUGCCCCUUUUUCUACUUAGAAUUUACGUUAAAGUUUGUGUACCACCUCAAAUAUUUUCUAAGUCCAUUGACAUCUGGCUUUGAAACUUUGUAUGCUUGUUCACCAUCAUGCCCCCAACCUGUACACAGGAGGAGGUAACUCUUAUCAAGCAUUUUGACAAAAUUAUGCCCCUUUUUCAACUUAGAAUUUACGUUAAAGUUUGCGUACCACCUCAAAUAUUUUCAAAGUUCAUUAACAUCUGGCUUUGAAACUUAGCACGCUGGUUCACCAUCAUGCCCCCAACCUGUACACAGGAGGAGGUCACUGUAUCAAGCAUUUUGAAAAAAAAAAUUAUGCCCCUUUUUCAACUUAGAAUUUACAUUAAAGUUUGCGUACCACCUCAAAUAUUUUCCAAUUCAAUUUAUGUAAAUAUCUCAGCACAUCAUGUAUUGCAUUAAAAUCUAAUCUUACAGUGAUCCGUGCAUGUUUCGCCAAAACUUUUCAAUCCAUACACCGAAAAGCGGCGGAAUAGUCGAGCUCGCUGUCUCUGUGACAGCUCUUGUUUACUUACUGGUUUAAAAAUAUCAAAUUUAUGAUGACCGGGCUUGAAUGAUUUGUGCCCAGUGUAGUUUUAAGAAUAUAUUGUGAUAUAUUUCCUAACUUGGUCUGCAUAUUGCAAUAUAUGAUGUAUUUUUUGGUUUAUUGUUAUUGCCCUUAUAAUUACUAUCAGUAUCAUAACCAGCAUAUGUUGAAAAUAUUCACAUAAAACUUAGUAUAAUUUUUGCCAAGGACUUGUGUCACAUUGUGUUACUCUUUGAGUUAGGCAACCUGUUAUCUGAAAAAAACAACUUGAAUGACCUUGCCCUUGAGGCUUGCCCCUUUUUCAACUUAGAAUUUACGUUUGCGUACCACCUCAAAUAUUUUCAAAGUUCAUUACUUGGUACUUGUUGGUACUUAUGGUGUACAGUGUUCCGGGGUAGUUAUUUUUCAAGGAUAUAUUUUUCAUGAUAUAUAUUUUUUUGAAAACAUGGUGACAGUAUAAACAUUCUGUCCAUCCAUAUGUCUGUUCAUUCAUAGGUACAUUAUGAUCUUGUCCCUUAACAACUUCAACUUUUAAGGAAAUGAUCUCUAUUAAGCUCAGCUGAGCAUGGAGCAUUAAGUGCUCAAGGAUCGGUCUAUGUCUGUUGUCCGCUAUGCAUCCUCAACAGUUGCUUUAAACAACAUCUCCUCCUAAACCCCUUGGACAAUUUUGAUGAUACUUCACAUGGAUGUUCCUUGGAUCGUGCCCUUUCAAAAUAUUAAUCCAUGAAAUUAAUCAAAUGCAGAACUCUGGUGGUCAUCUUCUUGACAAAAAACGUAAAGCCUAGAGAUGAGAUAUUUAGUGUGUAACAUUGUCAAGUGGUCCCCUACCAAGAUUUUUCAAAUUAAUGUUUUUAAUGGUGCCCUUUUGCAAAUUAUUCAAAGAAAUGAGUUCCAUGCAGAACUCUGGUUGUCGAUCUUCUUGACAAAAACCAUAAGGUCUAACUGUUAGAUAUUUAGUGUGUAACAGUGUCCCCUACCAAAAUGGUUAAAACUGGCCCCGCUGUAGGGAUGACAAGUUUCUUUCAUACUUAUAUAGAAAAAUCUUCUUGUCUGAAACCACGAGACCCUGACUCUUGAUAUUUUGUUUGUAGCAUCAUACAGUAGUCCUCUAUCAAGUUUUUUUCAAAUAAUGCCCUUGGGGUCAAAGCUGGCCACGCCUUGGUCACAAGUAUUUAAUAGACUUGAUUAGGGAAGUUUUUGAAAAUUUUCUUGUUCAAAACCACUACUCGAGACCCUUUGUUUUGUAUGUACAUGUAGCACUAUACCUAUCGACCCAAUCCAGGAGUCAGAAGUUUCCUCAAGACUUAUAUAAGAAAAACUUCUUGUCUUCAACCACAAGGCACAGACCUUUGAUAUUUGUAAGAAGCAUCAUAAGAUAGCCCGCUUUCAAAUUUGUCCAAAUUAUGCCUAAAGCCUUUUGACCUCUUCUUAAUUUUGAAGGUAAAGUAAUAAGAUUUGGACCAAGUGUACAGUUUGGAGAACAAAUAACACAUUUUAUUCUUUGAUGACCUUGGCUGUGACCUUUAGACCAACAUUUAAAUUUUUGAAGCCACAGUAAUGUAAUUUUGACCAUUGGAAGAGAUUUGAAAACUAGUAUCAUUGUUAUGCUUGGAUGACCUUGAUUGAGUCCUUUUGACCUACUUUUUUAUUUUUGAAGCUACAGCAAUGAAAUUUCAAACAUUUGUACAGUUUUGAGAACAAAUAUCAAGGUAAUUGGUGUGUAGCAUUGUCUUAUGGUCCUCUACCAAGAUUGUUCUAAUUAUGACCCCUGGACUUGAAAUUAACCCUGCCCUGAGGGCCAUCUGUAUUACGUUAAGAUAUAAAGUAAAGGUACAAUAUUCUUGUCUGAAAUUAAAAAAGGCUUAGAGCCAAGAUCAUUUGGUGUGUAACAUUGUCUAGUGAUAACAGUGGUUUAAGACUUUCACUCUGGUGAGUGAUUUUGGAUCAUUAUGGCCUCUUGUUAUUGUAUCUCAACAAAUCAAACAUUUACAGCCGUUUGAUAUCCAUGAGAGGGAGACAAUUCUUACAGAUAGUUGUGUAUUAUUGUAGUAGUUGUCUUCCUUUGCCCUUUGAAAUAUAUGGCUCACUUUGAAUGUGUGUUCAGUACAUUGCCUGUUUCUAGUAUGAACAUGCUUUGGAUAUGAACUACUGGCACUUAAUAAUAAAACAGUUAAUCCAACUAAUCUACUUACUACAUUUUUCUGUCCUCACAUGUUGAACAUGCAACAUAUUCAGCUAACCCAAACACAAAAUUGUUCAAGUGAACUAUAAGUAUGUUGCCUAUUAUCAAUACAUACAUGCUCUGGAUUGAAAAUGAAUACAAGAGUUAUACCAGUAGAGCAUAUGCCCUUAUGGGCCUCUUGUUGAAAGUUGAGUAACAAAAAACAUGUGCAUAAUUAUAAGUUUUGCUUUUCUUUUAAAGAAAUGUGUCUAAUGCAAAUAAAGAAGUGUAUGUAAAAGCUUCACGUUCUUUCUUGAACUUUCUUUGUUAAGGUUGACCCUGUUUGACUUAAUUAUGUAAUGUUUAAAGUUCCUUACACUCACUGUUGGAACAGGUUAUUCAACAAGUUUGUCAAUUCUAUUUUGUGCAUUCAACAAUAUACAGCUGUUUGUAAUAUUUGUUAUCUGCAUUAUGUUUGCAUCUUACUUCUUUAUUGUGUAUUUUUACAGUAUUUUUCCUGAAGGCUUUUUAAAGUACAAUAUAAGAAUAUUUAUAUUACCAGAUCUAACAAAAUAUCAUGGAAUAUGUACAAGAAAAUUUGAUGAAAAUAACUGUUUAGUAAAAUCUGUACUUUUUCUGUAGAAGAGUUGUUGGUAAAUUAUUUGCUGAAUAAAUAUUGACGACUG